GGAGCCCUUCAAAAACCUAAUAAUUAAAUGCUCUACUGGUCCUCGGGGCGGCAACGGGCGAAAGCCGUACGAGAAAUCCUAAGCGAGCCCGUCUCUCUCUCUCUCUCUCUCUCUCUCUCUCUCUGUCACCUCACCUACACCCAUUUUCCUUUCUAUUUUUUUCUAGCCAAGGUGUGUGUAGAGAGAGAGAGAGAGAGAGAGAGAGAGAGAGAGGAGGAAAAUGGCGAAUCUCGAGGACGUGCCGACGCCGGAUCUGAUGACGGAGCUGCUCCGCCGCAUGAAGUGCGCCUCCAAGCCCGACAAGCGCCUCAUCCUCAUCGGUACCCUAAUCACUUCACCCGUCCGCCGGGAUCUGGAAAAGGAACUCAAUCGCCUAUUAUUAAGGACGAAUACUGCUUGUGCCAUUUGGCCACUGGUGAUAUGUUGAGAGCUGCUGUUGCUGCUAAGACCCCUCUUGGAAUUAAAGUGAAAGAGGCUAUGGACAAGGGAGAGCUUGUCUCUGAUGAUUUGGUUGUUGGAAUUAUUGAUGAAGCAAUGAAAAAGCCGUCCUGUCAAAAGGGUUUCAUUCUUGAUGGAUUUCCUCGGACUGUUGUUCAAGCACAAAAGCUUGACGAGAUGUUGGCCAAGCAGGGCAGCAAAAUUGACAAGGUUCUCAACUUUGCAAUCGACGAUGCUAUAUUGGAAGAAAGAAUUACUGGCCGCUGGAUUCAUCCCCCUAGCGGAAGGACCUACCAUUCCAAGUUUGCACCUCCAAAGGUUUCAGGAAUUGACGAUGUCUCUGGAGAGCCAUUGAUUCAAAGAAAAGAUGACACAGCUGAAGUCCUCAAGUCAAGGCUUGAAGCUUUCCACAGGCAAACUGAACCUGUCAUUGACUACUACUCUAAGAAGGGAUUAGUGGUGCAGCUUCCUGCUGAGAAACCCCCCAAAGAAGUCACCACCGAAGUUGAGAAGGCUCUUUCCUGAGAUGCAGUUAACCAUUGUUGACUAUGACCAUGAUCUAUCAAAAACCCCACUUGGGUUCAUCUGUUGUCAAAUUUGAUAAAACUAUUUGCUAGGGUUUAUACCCCAUAGAUUUUUUUUUUUUCCCCCUAAAUCACUUUAAACCUUUUUUGAUCGGCUUUGCUGACUAUGAGAGCUUUUCUACCGAAUCUAGCGUCAAAUAAAGUUUUUGUUUCCUGUCAAACAUGCACUCUGUUCUGAAACCUGUGACACUGCAAUGAAUUGCUACAUUUGGCAAGGUUUA